AUGCAUCCGAAAAUUGACGUAUUGCCUUCGUACGAGAAAGCUGUACAGAACUUAAAUGAACCUCCGCCAUCGUACGCAACAGUUAUCGAAAGCGAAGAUACUUCUUCUUGCAUCGUUUCCAAAUUAAUGAAAUAUAUUUGCAAACAUUUUGCGGCUUAUAAAUUGACUACAGCGCUGGCUACUGUUUUAAUCUUGUUCUCGAUUAUCUCACUAACCGCUUUGAUUAUCGGAGUUCAUGAUCAUUCCAGCUGUUCUCGAAGACUGACACCAGCUAUAUGGUUGAUUGUGUUCGGUGCGUUUACUUUUGUUUUGUGUUGGAUCAUGAGUAUCCUGACGAUUGCUCGAACUAUCCUUGCUGAUCCAUAUCGUCGAUGGUGUAAAAUUGCUUUGAUUAUUGUUUCCGUUUCAAUUUGCAUUUUUAAUUUAACCUGGGGCUUUCUUCAAGUUGCUCUUGUUUCUUCGACAUCUGGCACGAAUGUACUUGAUCGAUGUAAUCCAAUCGUAAUGAACUUCGCACAAUGUCUGAGUUUCUUCAUAAUGGUGACGGCUUGCUGUGUUUUUACUUGCUUAUUCACUUGA